AUGUCCGCAAGUGCCGUCGACAGCGCCACCGCCUCCAUGGCCAACACCACCCUCAAUGAGCCUUCCGCCUCCGCUGCUGGUGCCAACAUCGGUGCAGGCGGUGAGAAGCCCAUCGAUGCGGCUCACAACGAGGCCGUCAUCGCCAGCGCGGCCGAGGGUCGGAGACUCUACAUUGGGAACCUCGCAUAUGCGACCACCGAGGGAGAGUUGAAGGAAUUCUUCAAGGACUACCUGGUGGAGUCUACUUCCAUCCCUGUCAACCCCAGAACCACUCGUCCCGUCGGCUAUGCCUUCGUUGACCUUUCCACUCCCUCAGAGGCUGAGCGCGCUAUUGCUGAGCUCUCCGGUAAGGAAAUCCUUCAGCGCAAGGUCUCCGUCCAGCUCGCCCGUAAGCCUGAGCCUGCUGGCGAGAAGGCCGAGGGUGCUCAAAGUGGUGGUGAGGGUCAGAACGGCGAGGGCCGUCGUCGCGGUGGUGGCCGCGGCCGUGGCCGUGCUCGUGGCCGGGGUGGACGUGGCGGUCGUGGUGGUCGUGGUCAGCGUAACGCUGAGAAGGAUGAAACCGCUCCUGUCUCCGCUGAGGGCCCUACCAAUGUCCCUGGUCAGGUUGCUCCCUUGACUGAGACCACUAACGAGGCUUUGACUGCUGAGCAGGGUGCUGAGGGCACCAUCACCGUCGAUCCCUCGAAGGACAAGGCCCAGCGUGCUCCCCGUGAGCGUAAGGCUCGUGGUCCCCCAGAGGACGGUGUCCCCUCCAAGACCAAGGUCAUGGUGGCCAACCUGCCUUAUGACCUUAGGGAGGACAAGCUCAAGGAGCUCUUCUCCGUGUAUGAGCCAGUAUCAGCCAAGAUUGCUCUGCGCCCUAUUCCCCGCUUCAUGGUCAAGAAGCUCCAGCAGCGCAACGAGCCCCGCAAGGGCCGUGGCUUCGGUUUCGUCACCCUGGGCUCUGAGGAGCUUCAGCAAAAGGCCGUUGCCGAAAUGAACGGAAAGGAAGUUGAGGGCCGUGAGAUUGCUGUCAAGGUGGCCAUUGACAGCCCCGGCAAGGAGGACGAUGCCAUUGAGGGUGCUGCUUCUGUCACCGAGGGUGAGCAGAAGGAGAACGGUGUGGCUCCUGCGGAGACCACUGCUUAA